UAGUAGGCUACUGCCCAGAGGGAGUGCAUGGUAUGCCAUGAAUGAACCACAGCCAGCGGGACUGCCGUGAACCAGCCGCCCCGCCACGGUCCAGCAUGGCCGACUUGUUUUCCUUGGACUUCGAGAUCUUCGGUCUAGUGACAGGAGUUUUCUUUAGAAUGCACGCGGAGCAGGAGGCCGUGAGGCUGGGGCUGGUAGGCUGGGUGAAGAACACGUACCACGACACGGUGGUGGGGCAGGUGCAGGGACCGGUCGACAAAGUACAAGAAAUGAGGGAGUGGUUGGCCACCAAAGGAAGUCCGUUCUGCAGAAUCGACAAGGCGCAGUUCAACAACGAGAGACCGAUCAGCAAACUGGAGCACGAGAAGUUCCGGAUAAGCUACUGAGGGGCGUGAAACUUCGUGUUUAAUACGUGCAGGAGUGAGGAG